AGAAUGGCUCCUUUAAAUUAUAAGUGUAUUCAAGAAAAAUCCCUUUCUUUUAACACCCGAUGGCGCUAUUUCCAAAUGAAUAAAAGUCCAAAGGUGAUCUUUAUUCGGGUGUCUCCGCAGUACACGUGGACAAAAGCUCCGUAAUGGAAAACCUCAGCGAGUUUCUAUGCAAGUAUAAAGGUUAUAUUUUUGCAAGAGGUGAAACCACUGAGGAAUAUAUCGACUCUCUUCAACAUUUUGAGAUUCGUGACAGUGACAUUUUUUUGGUGACAUACCCCAAGUCAGGUACAAUAUGGGCACAGAAUAUCAUAACUUUGAUCUGCGAGGAGGACUUUACAGAAACUAAAUAUCCCAACAAUCUUGAGAAGAUGCCUUGGUUGGAGUACCGUGAAGGCAGACCCGAUUACGCCCUACGCCCGUCUCCACGGUUUUUCGCCACCCAUUUUACACCCACACUAAUGCCACCAGGACUCAAAAACAAAAGGGCGAAGAUUGUGUAUGUGAUCAGAAAUCCAAAAGACAAUGUUGCAUCAUAUUUCCACUUUUGCCAUGUCUGGGCCAAACUUGAGAGACCCAAGUGUUUUGAGGAUUUUCUGAAGCAAUACCUGUCGGGAAACGUUGGUGGUGGUUCUUGGUUUGAUCAUGUCAGAGAGUGGUACAAUAAUAGACACCAGUAUAACAUCCUAUUUUUGACAUAUGAGGACAUGGUCAUGGACUUAAGAACAGCAGUGGAGAAAAUCUGCCGGUUCUUCGGGAAAAGUCUGGAUGAUGCUGCGAUAUCUCGUGUAGUGGAAAAGGCCACUUUUAAAAACAUGAAGCAGGACCGCAAAGCAAACUAUGAAUUUAUCCCUCAAGACCUGCUACUUCAGCCACAGUUCAUGCGCAAAGGCACCAUAGGUGAUUGGAAGAACAUCUUUACUGUGGCACAAAGUGAGAUGUUUGAUCAGAUCUUUAAUGAAAAAAUGAAGAACAUACCACUGGAUUUUAUCUGGGACACCAAAAUAAGUUAAAUGGAUGGAUGUUAGUAAUACAAUACAACUAUAGCAAUGCCAGUAACUUUGAAUAAAUUGCAAUCAUGUUUUGCUUUCCUCAAAUUAUACUUUUGGUAAGAACAAGAACUCUGAUAAAUGCAUCUGACAUCCAAUCAUAGGUUUUAAUAAAUGGAAUCUAUGUUAAUUAAAUACUUCUCUACAUUUGAUUCAGACUAAACAUAUGGUUAUCAACUGGUAUUAAUGACCAAUUUAGUUUAUCAUGGGUGGAAACAGAGAAUGCCUUUAUCUGCUUUAAAUGAUCAUUAAAACAUGUUUCUUAUCUUU